AUGGGUAACUGCAUAUGUGUAAUAGACAAAACGACGACGACGGAGAGAAUAAGAAGAAAAAGAUCCACCGUAUUCCACGACGACGACGACGGAGAGAAGCUGCUUGGGGAAACAAGUAACGUGACGUCAUCAAGUUCGUCAUCCUCGUGUGAAAGAAGAGAGGUUAAGAUUAAGAUGACGAAGAAGGAAUUUGAAGAUCUCAUGAGAAACAUUAUUUUGAAGGGUUUGACGACGGAAGAGGUAUUUUCUAAGUUACUUUCCGACGGUGGGGAUCAAAUUGGAUUCGCUGCCAAUCUAUCGAACCAUCACCAACGGCCGUGGAGACCGGCGUUACAAAGCAUCCCGGAGAUCGAAUGCUGA